CGCGCCUCGACCUCAGCACGGCCGCGUCAGCGACCGCGUCGUCGUCGCCCUCGUCGCGGCGCUCGAGCGCUACGGCAACGCGCUGACGGACCUGGAUCUCCGCGGCGGCCUCGCCGAGGCCGACGGCGGCUGCGUCGGCGUCGCGGGCGCCGCGGCGCUCGCCGGGGGCUUCCCGAGGACGCUCGCGUCGCUCACGUCGCUGCGCCUCAGCGGGCACCAGCUCUGCGACGCCGGCGCGCGCGCGCUGGCCGCCGGGCUCAAGCGCGCGCCGUGCCUCGUCCGCCUCGAGUUGCGCUACUGCCGCCUCGGCGACGACGGCGUCGAGGCGAUCGCGGCGGCCUCGUUGCGCUGCUCCCGCGGCGCGGGCCUCUGCCACCUCGACCUGUCGCACAACUACUUUUGCGAGCGCGGCUGGGACGCCGUCGCGGACGUCUUAGCCCGUUCCAAACACCUCCGGACGCUCAGGGUCGCGGACGUGCUCGGCGACCCGCCCAGGGGCUACCCGCCCCAGAAGGAGUGCCGGCCCGACGGCGCGCUGACCGUCGAGGACAUCCGCGCGGCGUCGGCGGCGCUCGCCGCGGGCCUCCGGCGGAACGCGUCGCUCACGCACCUGAGCGCGCGCCGGCGCCGCGUCUUUUUUUCUCGCCUCGGCCGGUCCUACGUCCGCGAGCGCGCCGUCGGCGGCGUCGGCCUGCCGGCGAGCCGCAUCUUCGUCGGCGAGGACCUGGGCCUCGACCUCGUCGCGGCGGCGCUCCGCGCGCACCCGGCGCUCGAGCGCCUCGACGCGUCCGUGGACCGGCGCGACUUCGAGAGCGUCGCCGCGCUCCAGGACCUCGCGCUCUUCCGCGCGUUCGCCGGCGUCGUAGGAGGCUGCGGCGAGGACUACGCGUUCCCGCCGCUGCGCUGCUCGUUCCCGCUGGCCAUGCCCAAGCCGUCGGCCGCGUGCCGCGCGGCCGCGGAGGCCGUCGCCGACGACGCGCCCAUGGCCCUCGACGGCGCCCUCGACGUCGCGGCGCUGGUCAACGCGGCCCACGGCGCCCACUUCCACAAGGCGCCUUGGCUCAAGGCCGCGCGCCGCGCGGUCUACGGGCCCCUCGAGACGCUCGCCGAGUCCUCGCCGCGCGUCCGCGUCGGGUCCUACGUCGGCUCGAGCGGCGGCGAGUCGAUCGCGGCGGGC